AUGACAGUUACAAGUUUUGUAUCAUACUUUCUUGGAGUUUGGGCUUCAAUCUAUUUGAUCGACAUAGCUUUGCGUACAAAUCCAUAUACAAGGAAUUGCACGUCUGUUUACCCAAAGGUUGAACAAAUUUUUCCACUACUUAUGUCGCUUCAAUUUCGUCCCUUGGAAUCUUUGGUUUUCGUGUGGCGUGAUAUUUUCCUCCGUGUCGAUGAUAGUCUUGACUCCUGUGAUGCCGGAAUAAAUUUACCAACCAGUCAUCUGGGGUUUUAUAUUCUUACACUACUUGUUUGCGCCUUCAUACAUGAAGCGGGGCAUGCUAUAGCAGCUGUACGUGAACGCGUGCGUCUUCAUGGAUUUGGUAUUUUCGUAUUUGGAUUUUAUCCAGGUGCAUUCGUUGACCUCAACACUGCAGAUCUUCAAAAUCUCUCACCAUUUUCUCAGCUCCGUGUAUAUUGUGCUGGCGUUUGGCACAACGCCGUGAUCGCUGUAAUUAGUGUGAUUAUAUUUUAUAUGCUUCCUGUUCUGUUACUGCCUGGUUAUCAUUUGGGAAUCGGAGUGGGCGUCACUUAUCUAAGAGAGGAUUCUGUUGUCACAGGACAUCGUGGACUCGCUAUUGGUGACGCUAUCACUCGAGUUAAUUCUUGUCCAGUGAACAAACAGUCCGACUGGUUUAAAUGUUUGGAGGAGGCGUAUACUCAUCCCUCUGGGUACUGUGUAUCGGGUGCUUAUUUAAGCAUGAUGGAUAAUAAAGUUCAUGUUCCCCGUCGUAGCUUAUCCGCAGCUGCUGCCGUCAGCAAGUUGGAUGAAAGUGAUAGUUCUCAAUCAGCUAAUGCUCAUAAUACAUCAAGCGAUGAUUGUUGCACAGUUCAGUCUGCGUCAACUCAUUUAUGUUUUACCUAUUUCACACCCACCAAGUUAAGUACUGCGUCCCUCAGAUAUACUUGCCUACCUGCCCGUGCUGUAACUGAACGCACUGGCUGCAAUGUUACUUCUGAUUGUGGUAGCCUUGGUCCUGUACGUAGUUUUGGUAACAAUAACGGAAUACAGGGUGAUUCAGUUGGUAUGAUAUCUACUCGAUCUAUGUAUUGUGUGGUGCCAAGUCCUCCAGAUAAUUCUACACGCUUAGUACGUUUAGUGCACAACCGCUAUAAAGCACCUGCUAUCCUAUUUUUGGGUCCUUUAGAAGAUCUUGUUGCCUCUAUAGGAGUUUCUGAUUAUGUCCCACGUUGGCCGUCUAUACUUCCCCCUAAUCUACCUUCUUUCCUUGGAUUACUUUGCACGUAAGUACCCUAAUUCUCAUGCAGUUGCCGUGGAAAUACUGUGUACUACAUUAGAAAAUGGUCUCUCUUCCAGAGUUUAGUGAUUACAAUGAAAUAGAUUAAUUUAUUUCAAAUGUAUAUGCACAAAGUGUAGGAUAUUUCUCUAUACUCUAACUAAUUGAGACGGUUUUAUAUUAGCGAUUGUUCACAUAAUAGUUACAUUUAAAUGAUUGGAGGCAACCAGUAGAUAAUUAUAGAUCUAGGUUUCUUGAUUCUCGACACUCAUCAGGGAACGGUAUUUGCGACCUUAAGAGAACUAAUUUCCUCUGAGAGAUUCAAACCCUCAUCAUCUGGUCCUAGAUUUGGAAACGUUACCAUUGAGUUAUUCGGGCCACGUUUGACUUCAAAUAGGAUUUGAUUAGCCACAAUGAUUGGUCACUUUUGAAUAACUAAUUUUAUGUCUAGUUUUAAGCUGUGAGAAUACAAAUCUAGAAAUGCAGGUUUGAACCUUCAGAAGACAGGAGUACCCUCGAGGUUGCAGACACUCCUUGAUGAUGAGUACUCCAGAAGAUUCAAAAUCUAGGUUUAGGGCUUUCUCUUAGUUACUUUUAAUCAUCUCGUAUCAAUCAAAGUGUACUGCAACGCUUAGUCUUCCAUUUUGCUGGUUGGUCGCUUUGCAAAACUGGCGGUAGAAUCCCGUCAGCGCCGGAUAACGUGAAAUUGAUUACUCUUCAGUAACCAGUCAGUAUACAGUUACCAACCAUUCUUGUUGAACAAUCUGUUCAUACAUUCUUUAUUGUAGGUGUUCGUCUCAGAAUUGUACUUUUGCGUACCUUAUUUGCAGUCCUGUCCGUUCAGUACCUAUGUGAAAUACAAAGAUACAUAUGUAGGAAAUCCACUCGAAUUAUGAGGCAUACUUCAUUUUUGAAGAAAUAAACGUGUUAGCUACAUUCCACUACAACAUAAAGUGCAUUGGUCUAUUUUGAGAAUUUCAAAUAAUCAUUUUCUAUGAACUAUCUGUUAUUAGUAGACUGAGAGUGAAGCUGUGGUUUAAAGAGAUGAAUAUGAGCCAGAAAUUCUGCUUGAAACGUCAUCCUGUAAAUAAAGCUUCCUCAUUGUAUCCAAUAUCAAAUAAACGAUCUAAUAUGGAAUUAUACUCUACCACAGUGCCCAGGUUUUAAUCUUACUUAAGUGGGAUAACUUUUAAUUAUGGGUUUGAGCUCCGCUCCAUCUACCGAGGUAUGAGCAGCUGGGUAGUAGUAUCAUUAGCCCUCACAUAAUACGUGUGACUAAUUGCCUACUGCACCAAUGUGCGCAAGGUUGCUGAAUGCAUUUCAAUUUUCAGAACGAGAACUAAUAUUUUGCACAGUUUAGCUACAUGUAUUUCUUCUGUUUGUUAAUAUUUAUUUCUUUUCAAAUCAGAAAGCGUGAAGUAUCUGAGUGUUUUCCGGUUUCCAUAAAUAACUCGAUUUUUAGAUGUUAAACCAAAGCCACUUACAAUCAAUGAAGGAAUACUGAUCAUUGAUCAGUAUGUGAAGUUUUUGUGGUAUAUUAUGUACCGUAGUUGAAAGAUGUUCAGAAUAACAAUAUGUAGGAUUUAAAGACACCUAUGUGUAUUACCAUUUCUGGAGCAACGCACUUUCCUAUGGCUGGUGGAUCUAACUUUUCUGCUUCCCCCUUUAUCUGUAACAACAU